AUGGCUUCUCCCAAUCCAACUUUAAACCUGCCCCGGGUCCUCUGCCUGCACGGCGGAGGUGUCAAUGCCGCCAUCUUUCGAGCACAGUUUCGGGCUUUCCUCAAUCACGAGAAACUCAAAAACCGAUUUCGGUUUGUGUUUGUCGAUGCACCUUUCUUUUGCGACGAAGGAGUUGGCGUCUACCCGGUGUAUUCAGAUUGGGGACCGUUUCGAAGGUGGUCGAGGUGGCUUGACACGCAUCCUGAAAUCGAUCCCGCAGCUUGCGCCUACGAGAUUGAGUACACCAUCGAGCGAGCUAUGGAAUCCGACGAAGGCACGGGUGAAUGGGUCGGUGUCCUCGGGUUCAGCCAAGGUGCCAAGCUGGCCGCGAGUUUGCUCUACGAGCAGCAGCUGCAAGGGAAGCCUGGUCCGUGGAAGUUCGCAGUUAUUCUAGCAGGACGCGCGCCGCUAGUGAGCCUCAACGAAGAAGCCGAGAGUUUCCCUUGGAUGCAGUCGGCGGGCGGGCUGCCAGAUGCGGCCGAUCUAGACAGUAUUCUGGAACGACCCGAUAUGAAGCUGAGAAUACCGACACUUCACGUGCAUGGAUUGAAGGAUGAAGGUCUACAUCUGCACAGAAGACUCGUGCAAGAUUAUUGUGCUCCUGGCACAACUGAGCUCGUCGAGUGGGAUGGCGGUCAUCGCAUCCCUAUCAAAAAGGCCGACGUCGACAAAAUUGUGGACGCUUGGGUGGCGCUUGCCGACGAGUAUGGGAUAUAA